UCUCUUGCUCGAGAAGAAACUAUGAGAACUCUCGUUUUCUUCCUCCUUCUAUGCCUCCUAUCCUUCUCUUUCGUUCCCGUAAUUGCAUUGCCUUCCUCUUCCUCCACCGCAAUAGGCGUCACCUACAUCUCUCCCUUCUCUCCCGCCACGCCAUCUCCGACGCCCGAUCGCAUCGCAGCCGCUGUCUCCGCGCUCCACUUCCGCUACGUCCGCCUCCCAAACCCCGACGCCAAUCUAAUCCGUUCCUUCUCUUUUACUAACACCUCUCUUUUUCUAUCCAUCCCAAACACUUUCAUCAUUCCUCUUGCCUCCAACCGCUCCCUCGCGCUCCGCUGGCUGUACGGACACGUUCUUCCUUUCUUCCCUCGUUCGAAGAUCUCUCUUAUCUCUGUCGGCGACGACGCUGUUUCGUCGGACCUUGCGCCGUUCCUCAUGCCGGCAAUCAGGAACAUAUACCAGGCACUCCACGACCUUGGGAUUAAUAAAAUCUCUGUUUCCACUACAUUCUCUUUCAUCAACGCCAUCGCGACGUCGUUUCCACCGUCCUCUGCGAUGUUCCAAGAACCGCUCGGUGACCUAGUUAUAAAGCCUUUGCUUCAGUUCUUGGAGGAUAGCAAUUCGUCUUUCUUGGUGAAAAUUUAUCCGUACAAUAUGUACAGGAUAAACUCUGAGAUUCCUAUAGGGUUUACAUUGUUUCAAGAGCAUCCUUUCAAUUUCAGGGAUGAUCUGAUGACAGGAGUCAGAUACCGGAAUCUCUUUGACAUGAUGGUGGAUGCGGUGAUUACGUCCAUGGCGGUGGCUGGCCACCAGAAUAUUCCGGUCGUUGUUGCUGAGACUGGGUGGCCGAGCUCUGGUGGGGAAUAUGGCGAGAUUGACGCGACUCCGGCUUAUGCGGAGACGUAUAUCAAGGGUUUGGUUGCGCACUUGAGGUCUGGUUUGGGUACUCCUUUGAGGAAAGAAGGUGUAGCAGAGACUUACAUUUUUGAGUUGGCUGAUAAGGAAGUGAAGCAGGGGACUCGAAAUUGGGGUAUUCUCUAUGCAAACAUGACCAAGAAGUACAAUAUUGAGUUCUCUGGCAAUGGCAGGACUGGUGUUGCAGUAGUGUUUUUAGUAGCCAUUAGCUUCUGGGUGGUUGGUUUCUUACAGUAUUAGCACAUCUGGGUGCUGGAUAAAUGAUAAUUGGCAUUUAACCCUUCUCUGAUGGAUUCGGAUUUGAGUGAAAUUUUGGUUAGUGACUGCUGGCAGUUUUGAUAUUGUAAUUUCUGAAUUCUUUGGUGAUGAUAGUGCUAUGUGAAGAAUUGGAAUUGGAUUACCACAUGUAAGAUGCACAUUGUGUUUUAGGAGAAGAAAUUAUGACUUUUUGUAAACAGAUAUUGUAUCAGUUGUGUUACCUAUAGGUUCUCUUCUUUACUGUAAUGUACAUCUCCAAUUUGAGGUGAAUGAAGUUGACCUCUCUCAAGGUACAUUUUUUGUUAGUGUUCUCUCUUUCUG